AUGACACCUUCGGAAAUAGCAAACAACGCUCUCCAGGCUACGCUCGAGACUGUACAAUCAUUGAUGAAGCGAUGUAUGAAAUUAAAGGAAAGUGAUCCAGGCACACUGACGUUAUCAGAUGAAAUCGCCAGAUGCCUGGCAAAAGAUUUGAAACUGUAUGGGGGGAGCGCGACAUCGUUCUCCCCUCAGCUGCUAUCCUGUGCCACCGUAGUAUGGGAGCACUCCAAGGCUGGCAUUUUUGUGUCAUUGCCCAACUGGAAGACCGUCAUAGAUGACGACCCGCGCAUUAGGAGUCACCCGCGGUUCCACAAGACUGUGGACUACCGCCCCUCCACCUUGCCCGAACACAAACCCCCCGUGUCAGCAUCGGCGGUCCUGGAGGAUGUUGCAAAAACUCUUGCAGAAUCCAUCCCAGUAAUGAUGCCCCUUCAGCUCGGCUCAUCAAAGGUGACCCCAUCUGUUUCAUCGGCUGGCAAUGAAUUCGUACCUGGCACUCCCGUGUUGCAAACCUCAGAGGUUCCGGUGAUGGAACCCAUGGCACUGACCCCCCUUCCACAUUCCAUCGCUCCCGUGAUGGUGAGACACAGUAUCCCUAUGGUUGGAGGUAUGAAGACACAACCAGAAACAACCUCGCGGCCCAGGAAGACGAAAAGGAAAGCAGAAGAGAGCAACAAUGAUGGCAAAGAAGUGGAGGUAAUGCGUGGACUCACACCAACGCCCAUAUCCCGGAAACCAAUUCACAAAUGGAAGAAGAAGUUUAUGUUGGAUGAAGAGGACCACAGGGCCGCUGGUACCAUUAUGGUUAAGCACAAGGCUUUGUCGGUCAAGACAUUCAAUGUUGUGACUCCAGAUGCUACAUCAGCAGGUACAUCAGCAACAGAAUUGCUGGACGACAGAGGCUUUUGGGAUAAAGAAACCAGGCCUGCUGGAUGGGGUCUGGAUUCCAACAUUGCCACAACGGUGGAGCAAUCCGUUCGCUACCACUCCCGGAAAUCUGACAAAUGUGUCAAGUUGAAGGUUCCUUGCAUUGUUCUUCCUGACAAGAAGUUCGGAUUCACCAGACUAGCCUGCGCAAACUGCGAUGAAAUGAAGAUCGCCUGCACAAUCGAUGGUGCUGGUGUCAGGCAGAGGUUGCAAGUAAGGGCGAAGGAAGCUGUGGGAGAACCGAAUAUCAAUCCUCUUCCCAAACGUCCCAGGACGCGGGCAAACAAGUCAUGCCCCGCCGCCAAAAGUCUGGACAAAUCUGCUCCGGCGAAGACCACGAAACCGGCCACGCGUUCCAACUCGCGUGCGGUGCAAACGGUUGCCGUGGACAAUACACUGAAUGAACAACCAACGAACUCGAGGCCUAAAUAUGAGGCUCCGCUGGCGCCCCACAACAUGGGGUCGUCGGACCUUUCCCCACCCUCGAAAGGAGCACCCUCGGAAGAAGCACUCCCUGCAAUAGUAUCCAUCCCAGCGUCAUUUCAGCCAUCAUUACCCACCAAUCUUUCGGAGCCGGAACCUAGCGGAAGGGAUAUAUUGCAAAGCAUCCAGGACCUUGGCAGGAGAUUCGAUCUCCUUGCAACCAAUGAGCGGGUGGACGCAUUGGAUGCGACGGUUGAUUCGGUGGAGGACAGGUUUGGAUGGAGGCUAAUGGAGCUGGAGAAACAGAUCACUGCCUCAGAUGCGUGUUGGCAUUCAGUCACAUUGUUGAUGGGUAAUCUAUCGAUGUCCUUCCAAGUGCAUAAGAACGAUCCGGCAGCUCACCGUCCUGGCUCCUCCAAUGAUUCCAAAUACAACCCGCAAAAUGCCGCCAUUGAUGAACGCCUGGGAAUCUCAACCGUUGGUGAUGUCGGGACAUUGGCAUUCAUUGCGAAGCUCACCUGCGCCCCGGACUCUCCUCAUUUGGAUGAGGAUUCAAUCCCAUGUUGCCAACUCAUCACAACAUCAUAUGCGAAAUCAGACGGUUACAUCGGAUUUGACUUGAUCUUUAUUAAUAUUGUAGUUGACCAGCUAGUGGAAUUUGAAUGUGCUCGGAGAGUACAAAAGAACCCAUACAAGACCCUCCCAGGACCAUUGAUCUCGCAUUGGGAGUCCAAACAUGCUCAAAAUAUGCAGCUGAGUCCAUCCCUUACGUGUUCCGGAACCAUCCAGAGGGAACUCUUCUUGCAAUCAUCAGUUUAG